AUAAUUCUAGCAGACGAUUCACGAUAUUGAUGUCGAUGCUGAGGCCGUAUUAUUUAUUAUGGAAAAGUGGUCAUUAUUACUUAAAAAUAAACGCUAUAAGACAAUGCAGUCGAUCAAUGGCAACCAUAAAACAAAGUCCGAGCGAAUAUUGUUUAAACCUGGUCAGGAAACAUGACCACGAGAGUUUUUUAUGUACUCUACUUUUACCCAAUGAAAUAAGAUCCGUUGCUAUCGCAAUUCGAGCUUUUAAUGUAGAAGUAGCUACGGUGGAAGAUCAAGUCCGAGACACGAGAAAUGGAUUGCUUAGACUGAAAUUUUGGGAAGAUGCCAUCAAUGGUGUUUAUGAAGACUCUCCACCAAAAACUCCAACAGCCUUGGAGUUACACAGGACUUUAAAAAAAUGCAAGUUAUCAAAACGCUAUUUCAAACGCCUCAUAGAGGCUCGGUAUUCCAAAUUAGAGUCUCCAACUUUCCCUAAUCUGGCGUCAAUUGAAAACUAUGCAGAAAAUGCUUUUUCAUCAAUUUAUUAUUUAUUGCUAGAAGCAAAAAACACAAAGGAUUUAAAUACCGACCAUUUUGCUAGUCACUUUGGGAAAGCCAGUGGAAUUGUAACAUUAAUUCGUGCAAUUCCUUAUUAUGCGCAAAAAAGCGAAAUUACUCUGCCUCAGGAACUAAUAGCAAAACACAAAGUUUCGCUUAGGUCAGUUUUCAGAGGUCAAAUUAGCAAGGAAUUUAAAGAUGCCCUUUUUGAGCUCUCUUCUUGUGCGAACUCGCAUUUACAAAAAGCUCGAUUAUUGAAAGAUAAAGUAGAGAAGACCAACAAUGUGGUAUUUUUACCUUAUUUGAUAACGGAAAGUUAUUUAGAAAAAUUGAGAAGGGUGGAUUUUGACGUUUUUGAUCCGAAAUUGCAGAAGAAGGAUAAUUUACUUCCGUUGAGGUUGUACUGGAGGAAGGUGUUGAAUAAAUUAUGUUAAAUAGAAAUUUGUAGCUUGAAGAUUUGGUACUUUCCUAGAAAAUUGCACCAUUGUACGGCUGAUUGGAUCCUGCAGCUCCCAGAAGAGCUGCAUUCGGAUCUUGACAGAAGGUCUUGCCCUCGUCUACCUUGUAGUUGGCCUCGGGUCGAUUUUUGAACUUGAGGAUUAUCAGGAUUAU